CGCCCACGCCCACGCCCACGCCCACCGCCAGCCGACAGAUGUUCAAGAAGAUGUGUAGUAUGUGCAUACGUAAAGCUGACCACAGUCCGAAGGUGAGCUUCAGCAACACGGUCUCGCCGCAGCAACAGCAGCAGCAGCAACACCAACACCAACAACAGCAGCAGCAACAGCAGCAGCAGGCGCCCGCCGAGCCGGUGACGCUGGCGACUCUCAACAGGGACUGCUUCAUCAUCCCUGUGGCCAGCCUCGACCGCUUCCUGCCUGCCGGAGUGCCCAUGCCGCUGACGGAGAAGUCGCCCAGCUUCCUGAGCGUGCUGGAGGUGGACGACCCCAAGCUGUGCGUGCUGCUGCACCUCAUGACGGCCAUGGAGCCCAUUGAGCCGGUGCUGGAGUCUCCGCUGGCGCGGCCGCUGGCGCAGCAGAAGACGGCAGCCUCGGACCUGCUGUGCGAGGUGGGCAGCGCCAAGACCGCCAGCGAGGGCAUGCUGCUCUCCAACAUGGAGAAGAAUGCGGAGUUCCCGUUCAUUUCGUACUACGUGAUCAACAAGAGCCAGACGGACCCGGUGGACUUCUUCCGGAACCUGCGCGCGGCGUCUCUGCGGAAGUUCGACCCGCGCAGCCUGCGCUACACGGCGGCCCACACCCUCGAUCUCUUCAACGAAGUGGCGACGAUCGCGCGCCCGCCGCUCGAUACCCACUCCAAGAGGCCCAACUCGGCCGCCACCGGCUACAUCAUCUCCGUCUACAAGGUGUUCGAAGGCGACGACGGCGAGAAGUUCGAGAAGAACUGGCUCUAUUGGACAGGUGCCAGGAUGCUGUACCGGUACCUGCCCAAGUCGGUGGGCCUGCGCAGAAUAACGCUGCACAAGUCGCUGUCGAGCGGCGACAAGAUGUACCUGCUGCUGUGCGAGUGCUCCAACUUCCUGGAGAACCUGUCGGCGGCCGCGCUGCUGCUGCCGGCGCUGCGGGCGCGCCUCUGCGGCUACACCGGCCUCUACCGCACAACUGCCUCCUUCUGAGCUCUCCAAUGUCUCAAGAAGCCUAUGGAAGAGAGUAUGCCAACCCAGCCUAAUUGUCUGUGUGUUCCAAGCGCCUGCAUUAGUGCAAGAACAAAUUUCCCAAGCAACUGUUCUUCCAGUAGCUGAGAGAAACGCACACAGGAACAUGAGGUUCUCAGAGUGCGGGAUAUCAAAACAAACAUCAGCGAGAUUCAUCCGUAGUUCAACAAUUUUUAUUCCAGUGUCGUUUUUGACACAUUCUCGAAGCUCAUAAACAGGAAACACAUAACUGUCUGUGCUUUUCUACGUGACUGGAUGGAACUGGUGGAACAAGUAUCAACAACUAAUGUAUUCUGUUGUUAUUUAAGUACUGGUUGGGAUAAGAAAAACGCUUGAAAUGUCUCUCUUUUAUUAAGAAUGAAAUCAGAUUACAUAUAGUGGGAAAACAAAACCUGUGUCAAUUCAUGAUUACUUUAGGGAUUUUAAUUCUAAUACUUACUAGAUUUGCUCAUUAGAAAGUAUUCACAGAUU